AUAGCUUAAUUUCUCUAUCGAGUAAAAGUUAUAUCGCGAUACAUAUCGUUAUCGUUCUAUCGCCCAGCUCUAAACCACGCCCGUUCAGGUGCCAUCUUCAAGGUGACUUUUGUGUGAUAAGACGCUGUCCAGCUGCUAUUGUGUCAGAACAAUAGUCAACAAAACCACAAACACUGUCCAACAUCAAAAAUAAUUCCUGUGGUAAAAUAUUUUUACAGUUGCGUCCUUAAUAUUUCAAAGACCUGAACACAAGGCCACAUAUCACUUUUUUUUUUUUUUCUGCUUUUGGGCAGAAGCAAUGAAAUUUGUGAUGGAUUUCUGUGGUUUAAAUUGAGUCCCCUUAAUACAGUUAACAAUACAAUUUUAGCUUCUCAAGUGACAUUACAACUAUAAAAGUAUCAUGAAAUAAUUGUUAAUGAGGGAAAUGUUGCAUUUGUUUGUACUCUUGGGCUGAAGCAUUAAAUUAGUAGAGAGGUUAAGUUAAUGGCUAUACCACGGAGUCUUGCUGCAAUAAUCAGUCACUGCUUGCAUUACUUAAAUGCCCUGGAAGGUAGUUAGAUACACAAAGAGCAUCUUAUGUGAACCCACUGACGAUGUGACUGCCUGAGGAGCAUCAGCUUAUAGUUUGCCUAACAUCUUGGCCCAGGGAGGCUCUCCUCUGACCUUAAACUAUCAUCUGCAAUCAUCAUGUGACGUGCACUGAACACUGAGCAGCCCUGUAAGUAAUGCCUACAUGUCUGUCGAGGAGGAUUCCUAGCAUGCGGCUCAGAUGAUCAUGAGGUGGCAGUUUAGCUCAACAGCUUGCUUUUUAGUACUGAACAACACUUGAUUGUCCACUUUUUGCAGAGUUUGGUGGACUAUGAAAUGUAAUCACAGUUUCAGGAACUAGUCUGGUUCAUUGCUGCUGUUGGGUUCCCAGAAGUGGUCGAAGCGAUAUUUAAAAAAAAAAAAUAAAAAAAAAUAAAUUGCUGUAAGUGUAUGAACAAUUAGUUACAGAAGUAAAGGAGAUCAGUUUGUGAGAAAACAUCAGCAAGUCCUUCUAGUGGCAAAUCUUGCCACCUGGUGACAUCUCCAUGAUGUUAGUUGUGCAGUCCAUAUUUUAAGAGGGAGGCGAUGUGCAGGAGCACGUGCACAAACAGUUGUAUCUGGUAGUUAUUAACAAAAGGGGGAAAAAUUUGGAAACUUCAAACAAUGUGACUCUAAAAUAAAACUAAACACAAUGCACACUUACAGGAAGAUGCCACGUUUUCUCUCUAAUCCCAUUGCUUUUGCAUUACCAGCCUCAUUUACCUGGGAACUACCACUUACACAGGUAAGGGAGGGGUAAUCAAAACAUAAGUAACUUGAUAGAUGCUGUUAAUGGUAACCUGGCUCCUGAUGUCACUUGUCAAUUUUUUAUUUUUUUUUUUUAUUUUUUUUAAGAUUAGAACCUAUAAUAGAUACUGUGUCCAUACAGUCAAAGAAAAUCUCACUUACUGCUUCUGUUCUGCACUUACUCGCUCACUGAUGUAAUGGUCAUGCAAAUCUAUCUUUAAUAAUCCUAAUACCACCGAGCAGCUGAUUUCCCAGAAAAGCAGAUGAAUCACAGAAGCAGUACAGAGUAUAGCAAAAAUGGGCAAGGCAUCACCCCUUUCACAGAGGACCGUAAUUUUUUACAGAGAACAUAAUUUCCUUAGGGAUUAAUAAAGUAUUCUGACUUUUGAUUCUAAAUGCACUUUAAAAGUUGGUGUUUUUGCCCAACUGAAACAGCUCCUCUAGAGUUCUGAUUGUUGGAGGCCACGUCAGAGUGCUCUGUCAUGGUGACGAGGUAGAAAGACUCGAGGAAAGUUGAGUGUUUCCUCCGUUGUCCCACUUCCUGUGAUUAGGCACAAAAUGAACAAUCAUGCACAACAAGGAGCAGUGAGAAAUUUUUGUAACUACUAUUGUUCAUACACUAAGCAGAUAAGAGAGGGCUAAAUGCUUGAGGAAUUAACACGGAUUCCUUGACUAAAUAAGUGCAAAGUUGUUACGCUGGCCAGUGUUUCAACAUGGGUCUGCUGACAGGAGAGCAGGAGUUUCAGUUAUGCAUUAACCUGACCCAAAUGUGGCUGGAGUUUAAGUAGGUGGGUGGGUGGAAAUCUUAGGUGUUUGCAGAUGCAUACCUGUGUUCAGGAUGAUAUGUUCAGUCCUGUUUGGUAGUUGAGACUUGGUCACAGAACAAUGUGACACGAGCAAAUGAUCCAUGUGUCUUUGGAUCUUUACUUAUAAGGCCAGUUAAAGCUAUUUUUGGUGCUGAGCAUACCAUGAACAAACUAUCCAGCUGAGGAGUGCCAUUUGCUCUUCCUAGCUAUUAGGGGAGUACAAAUUUUAAUUUUAGAGUUGCAGGAUUUUUUUUGGAGGAAAAUAAGUUUGAUGUCAGGCUUUUUGCGCAGUUGCUGGUCUCAUAACUUUCCGAGGGAUCUUCUGUGGAGACGUUUAUUCUUUAGCUGAAGAGGCAGGAGUAAUAGUUCACACUUUGUCCACUUUUGGCUGCACAUUUCUAUUUUCCUAUGAAGGUCAGGAACAAGGAUGUACAAAUCUAGGUCAAAGUAAACCAAAGUUUUCUUCCAUUAAUUGUAAAAGUCUUCUACUUUUAGUGAUUUUCCUAAUUUUGGUGGUAAAAUGACUACAGGCCAGGAUGAUUGAAAAGUCCGGUCAUGAGGCCGCCUAACACUGGGGGGUUCCAGCUUAAAGUAGCAAACCAGGUUAGCGCAGAAUCAGCUUCCCAUUUGGAGAAAUCCUUUGGUUUCCACCUGCCAUUAGUGAGUUUUAUCAGACUGGCACAUUCAUGUGACAUUAUCAGCCGCGAUUAGUGUAAGCGGCCAGCUGCUGACGCAACUUUAUGCCUGCUAAGUGUGGGAUGUUGCGUUCGCCACCUGAAACGUCACCAGGUUAUAAGAAGCUUUUGUUUAAGGGUAAAAAGCUGCCAGUUUCACAAAGCAAACUUUAGCUGUUUAAUUAUUUCACACAGCUUCUUUAUGAAAGACUGCAUUGAUGAAAACAAAGUAGUAGCCUGGGAGAUGGACCUGAAGGCCUCUGAUUGGAGCUAAUGAGGGGCUGACUAAAAAUUGCGCUGUCUGUAUCUGCAACAAAUCCUUUGUUAUUAGAGAAGAUCUGCAAAUUUGUUGCUCAUAAAAUUGUUCUUUUAAAGGAAGGAUGUUUAAAAGAUAAAUAAAAAAAAAAUAUAUCUAUACACACCUUCCACCUUAGUUUCUAAAUGGGUUAUUCAGUUACACUGUGAUUCUCCUGGCUGGUUGAUGUUGAAAGAAAAUGUGGUUUUUGAAUGUUCUUCAUACCGUUUUAUCUAAAUAGGCAUUGCACAAAUGUAUUAGCGAUCAGAAAGACACCACGCCCUCGCCCUGUUUGUUAGUUCAUGUUGCGUGAUUGCUGUCGUAUGUUGCGUCCCAUCUUUGAUCUCUCCAAGAAAUCAUUUUUUAUUUACUACGCAACUUCUGUUGAGUAAUCCUUGGGGGAUACAAGGCUCCUAAACGGCCUAGCAUGAAGCAAAAGUUAAAGACUGUAGUGUCAGGAAGCUCAAAUUAAACCACUGUUGCACCAUCUCCUAAAUUCAUGGCUCAAAGUUAAACAAACAGUCUAAGUUUGAAGUCCAGGAAUCAUGUAAAUGAAGUCCAGGGAUACUACGGGACAGUAAAGAGACAUGAGGUUCAGCUCGCAGUCCUCUAUUUGAUUAAAAACAACUGAUUUGAAGCUUAACUCUGAUUAUUAAGCCUGUGUGUAAGGAUAUUUGUGGCUCCACAUGGACUGAAGAGUGAUGUUGAAAAAGAAAACCUCUGCCGCCGUCUCCUCCUCAUCUGCUUAAUGUGACCAUCUUGAGGUCUUUAGCAUUGAAUUGCUAACCAAACUGGUCAACUUGCAUCAUGGAGUCCACCGGCCCUGCCAAGGUAGUGAGAGCAGGCAACCCACCUAAAGCCAGGCGUGGCGGCAAGGUUGGAGACUUCGGAGAUACGAACAGCUGGCCAACUCCAGGGGAGAUUGCAACUAAAGACAUGCAGAUCGAGGCAGUGACACGGACCGUGUCCUGCCCGCCGACUGUCAGGCAGGUCAGAGACUCAUGGAAAUUCACUGGCACCAAAAAGACGAUGGUUAAAAAGGAGUCAAAGGAGAAAAGGGAGAGCAAUGAAGAGAGCAAGGAGAACGUGAAGGCCAAGUCAGACGACUCGGGAGAGGAAAAGAACGGUGACGACGACUCCCAGAAGAACGGACCGAAGAAAAAAGGAAACAAGCAGAAGUGGGUUCCUCUGAUGAUCGAGGUGAAGUCAGAGGGGCCCAGGGAGCGCUCGGCCUCUAGGAACAACAGCAGACAGAAUGAAAACCCGCGCCUGCCUCCCAACGCCAGGAACGACCUCAGAGAUUGGCAUAGCCAAAAGUAUGAGCGCGAGUGGCGUGACGACCACGAUGAGGUUUCCAGCGUGAAGAGUGAGGGGGCGCCAUUCCGCGGAGGAUUCAGAGGUCGAGGACGUGGAAGAGGAAGAGGUCGGGGACGAGGCAGAGGUGCCGGGAGAGGCCACUACGACUAUCACUACAGCUACAAGUCCUACGACGUAAAAGACGGACCCUACGGACAGAAGUUCAGCAACUCGGUGACCUACUAUUACGACAACAUGAGCAGCAAUGACCUUUACUCUGUCGAUCGGGAUCUGCUGAAGGACUACAUCAAGCGGCAAAUUGAGUACUACUUCAGCCUAGACAACCUGGAGAGAGACUUUUUCUUGCGGAGGAAGAUGGAUCAGGAGGGUUUCCUGCCCAUCGGACUCAUCGCCAGUUUUCACAGAGUUCAGGCCCUCACUACCGACGUCAACAUCAUUCUGGAUGCGUUAAAGGACAGUAAGGAAGUGGAAAUUAUCGACAUGAAGAUCCGUCGGAAGGUGGACCCGGAGAAGUGGCCGCUGCCGGGCCUGAACAUGCCAAACAUGCCGCACACGCAUACGGACUUCUCCCAGCUCAUCAACUGCCCCGAGUUUGUUCCAAGACAGAUGGCUGAGGAGCCCAGAGGUUCGCCCAGGGCCUCCACACCAAUGCAACAACAGACCAAGGCUGAACCAGAUGUCUCCAACCUCAAGACCAUGCCCAAGGGCCUCUCAGCUAGUCUCCCUGACUUGGACUCCGAGUCCUGGAUCGAGGUUAAGAAGAGACCCAGACCUUCCCCGGCCAGACCCAAGGUCAGCUCAGAAAAGCAUCAGCAGCAGAAGGAAAAGGAUGAGUCGAUUCGCUCCCCGGUGCCCCAGCUUGGCUCCUCACCCUCCGCUGCUACCUCAGGAAAUAAGGACGGAGCUGAGCAGGACGAACCCGAAGAGCUCGACUUCAUGUUCGACGAGGAGAUGGAGCAGAUGGACGGACGCCGCAACACCUUCACCGACUGGUCCGACGAGGAAACGGACGGUGAGAUCGACGACCACGACGUCAACAAGAUCCUGAUCGUGACGCAGACGCCGCCCUACCUGAGGAAGCACCCGGGAGGCGACCGCACGGGCCACCACACAUCGCGCGCCAAGUUGACCAGCGAGCUGGCCAAGGUGAUCAACGACGGGCUCUUCUACUACGAGCAGGACCUGUGGGACGAUACGUACGAGCCCGAAUACGCCACCAUCAAGCAAGAGGUGGAGAACUUCAAGAAGGUCCACCUGAUCAGCCGUGAACAGUUCGACUGCUUGACCCCGGAGCCGCCUGUCGACCCCAACCAGGAAGUCCCACCAGGCCCCCCACGACCCCAGCAGAUCCCCACAGACGCUUUGGCAAACAAACUCUUCGGUGCCCCCGAGCCCUCCUCAAUAGCUCGCUCGCUGCCAACUACCGUGCCUGACUCGCCCAACUACCGCAGUGCCCGGACGCCCCGGACGCCUCGCACGCCUCACCGGAAGGACCCGACCAUGACGCCUCGCUUCUACCCAGUCGUGAAGGAAAGUCGGCCCGUCGAUGCCAAGACGCCUAGGAAGAGGAAGACCCGGCACAGCUCCAACCCGCCCCUGGAGUGCCACGUCGGUUGGGUGAUGGACUCCAGAGAGCAUCGGUCCCGUACCGCCUCCGUCAGCUCUAAUGCAAGCCCAUCGGAGGGCACCCCCGCCCUGGGUAACAUCGGCUGCACUCCCCAGUCCCUCCCCAAGUUCCAGCACCCAUCGCACGAGCUGCUCAAGGAGAACGGCUUCACGCAACACGUUUACCACAAGUACCGCCGGCGUUGCCUAAACGAGCGGAAACGGCUGGGAAUCGGCCAGUCGCAGGAGAUGAACACGCUCUUCCGAUUCUGGUCAUUUUUCCUGCGGGACCACUUCAACAGGAAAAUGUACGAGGAAUUCAGACAGCUGGUGGUCGAGGAUGGAAAAGAAGGAUAUAGGUACGGUUUAGAGUGCUUGUUCAGGUACUACAGCUACGGUCUAGAGAAGAAGUUCAGACCAGACAUCUUUAAGGACUUCCAGGAGGAGACCAUGAAAGACUACGAAGCUGGGCAGCUGUAUGGACUUGAGAAGUUCUGGGCCUUCCUUAAAUACUCCAAAGCCAAGAACUUGGAGAUUGAACCCAAGCUGCAGGAGUGCCUGAGCAAGUUUAAACGCCUCGAAGAUUUCAGAAUCGACCCGCCUAUGGAGGAAGGAAGUCGCCGAAGACACUCGUCCAGUGGGGAUGGUCGCCGCCGGCACCCCUCUCAGCCCUCCAGCCGUCCCCACAGUCAGGCCAGCUCAGGCCCCACCCACGCCACCACCACCCAGGUUCCCACAGCCAAGGAUGAUGCCAAACCUACCAGCCACAAAGCCCCGGCUCCCACUGCUGAUCCCGCAUCAAAUGCCAAAACACUGAAGUAACUCCACAAACACACUGGCCCACACAGACUAAAUUAACCAAGUCUGCAAGUCGCCGGUUCUCUCUGCGCCACAGGAGGGGGAGGGGCAUCCAGCUCUUCAUUUCAAGCAUGUGAUAUCUUUUUUUCUUUUUUUUUCCUUGUUUUUGCGCCUGUGAAAGGUUUGAUAAAUAAGAGAGACAAUAAAUAAUAUGCCUCGGUUUAUUGAUCACUGCUAAGGUUUCUGAACUUUUUGUCUUAAUGAGGCAAGCAAUGGAUGGGUCGACAAACCCAUCCAUUGCAAAACACUUGUGCAGACCUUUGCCGGAUGGUUUAGGUUUAACAUUCUGGAAAAAAAAAAUUUUUUUCCUUCCCUCCUUGUUUUUGGCCCCUCCCUCCCUGUUUCUGGGACCCUCUUUGAUCGUCACUGUCCUGCUGGUUGAAAGAUCUUUGAUCCCUCAUCCAAAUCUCAGAUUAAUGAUGACUAUUUCUUCAGCACGAAGUGGAAUUUGAGAUGUGGAAAUAGUUUGAACAAGACUGAGCAUCUAAAAAAAACACAAACAAGCCCCAGUAAUGGCCCGCUGGAGGCCGUACUGCUCUUUGACAUCCAGUCGGACCAAAGUGGUUAGAACCGAGCAACUAACUUUUUCAUCCGCAGCGCCCUGAGAGUUUUCAAAGGGCUAAUAUAUGAAAAAAAUAAUUUACCUUAUGGCUGCACAUUGAGGGGAAAAUAUUUAAGGAAGCAAAUGAUUUAAAAAAAAAAAAAGAGAGAGAGACUUGCAUCAACCCCUUGCUAUGGACAAGAUCAUUGAAAGUUGCCUUAUUUUAAUGGUUUUACUGCUUCUAAGUUGUGCCCGCCACCUUAUUGUCGAUUGUACAGCAUCAGUCACCCAUAUAUCUCACCACCAUUUCCAGCUGAGGCCACUAGUUGGUGCUCUCUGCCAAAUUUAUUUUCCAUCCCCCUCAGUCCCCUUUCAUCUGUCUUCCAAGUGUCAUUUGGUCUGUUACAAGUCCUGUAAUUCAUCGCUGUGAUUGCAAGUUGUGGCUUUUUGUGCUGAAACACGUCAACCUGGUGAAAGUUUGUCAGCGCCCCACCCCUCGCGAAAAAAAUAAAAUAAAACACUUAAACGUGAUGGAGAGUUGGGGUUGAUCUCCCUUUGGGUGCUACCUGACUUCCUGUCGUCCUCCACCUUCCCGUCAGAUGAGCUGCAUCCAUCCGUUUGUCAAUCCAUCCAUCCAUCAGUUGAUCAUCAGUGACGCUACAGGACUGGAAAUCAUUACAAUCUGGAUUACUUGAAGAGGCGAUGGUUACAAAGAGGACCGUCGUCCUGUGACGCAGGUGCUUUGGGUGGAGACACUAACGAUGCUAAGACGUUCAGCGAGCUGCCUGCCACCGCUUCCCGGUUCUCACACGGAUCCAAACGUAAGGUGCAGGCAAAAACACGGACAGGCAGGUACUGAUGUAGCAGCGUGGGCACGCUCAGUAGAAAACGCGCUGCUCGACGUCUUGCCUCACCGUGGACUGGAUUGUUUGUUCACAACCUGUUGAGUCGUCACUCUUCGUACAGGACUAUUAAAUCUGAUGAUAUCAAGCAGAAGAGCGACUCUUCCUCCACGAGUGUAAAUGUGAAAUUUGAGAGAUGAACAGAAAAGAUAACAGCUCCCCACCUCUUGUUUUAUUGUCUAUAGUACAGAUAUAUAUUUGCCUUACAUGUGUACGUACUCUAACUUUUUUUUUUUUUUUUUUUUUUUAAUGGUCUCAUGAUUUAUCUUUAAUGCAUUUUAAUUUCAAUUUGCAGUGUUUGUAGUGUUGUAAUGCUGGAGGAGCGCUCUGUGUCGGGCUGAUAUAAAAACAGAAAUGGGAACGUAGCUCACAUCGCAAAAGGGAAAGUUGACAUCAGGGCGUCAACGGGUCUUCAAUGUUUAAAACGAAAAAUAAUGUGUAAGCUUCUAGUGUUUCAUGUUGAAAUCAGUUGAUUUGAUAUUUUCUUUUUAGUGAAGAUGAGAGAAACAUCUCUAAUAUUACUCUUUUAUGAAGCCUUCAAUUUUUCUACAAUUAGAAUGUAUGCAAAGUCUAAAAAAACUGAAGAAAAUUCUUUGAUUUUUGGGUUUGAACUCAACCAGAAGUUCAUCAAAUUCUAGUUAAAAGAAAUUAUAAAAAAAAAUGCACAUGUGCAAAUAGACAUGUGGGAAGAAGUGUUUCCUGCUGACCUACUGAGUGCUUGUAGCUAAUGUUUGCUCCAGUCAUAACUUCAGUUUGAAACUGCAUCAGACACCUGUGCCUGUCUUUCUUUUUUUGGGGGGGGGCCCAGAGGUGGAUGUCACAUUGUCCUGUCAGUGUUAUGUUGUUCAGUUUCUUCCUCUUAAAUUUAGAGUUGUAUUUAAAUGCAAAGUGAAGCUGUACUUGCUUUUUAUUUUAUUUUUUGCCCACCCUCCCCUUUAAUCUUUUAUCUUCAGGGAGAUUUGGAUCAGUUUCAGUUGAAACAUCAAAGUGUUUACUGGAGAGGAGGAAAAAAAAGAGCUAUGAAAUAAUUCAGAACUGAAAACUCGUUUCCCAAAGCCGGCAAAGCCUUUGAUGUGAUCAUCACUCGUCUCGGGACAUUUGAGGGGAUUCAGGUGCUUUGGGAGUUUUCAUCCAUCUCUAUCAGCAUUGAACUGCUGCUGUCCAUAUAAUCUCUAGGGGGCGCUGCCUGUUCAGCUGGUCAGAGUUCCCAGCUGUGCGGGAUAAAAGAUGGACGUAUGGAAGGAAGAGAGGAAACUGAGCAAGAUGUGAUGUCGCUCAGAGGAAUAUGGCUGUUAUGAUGUCUGGAGACUGGGAGGACAAAAUUCCAUAAAGCCAUAUGAAUAAGAAAUAACUGUAUAUGAACAUCAAUAGUUCAUUACAUUACAGUAUCCUAGGCUUGUCAUGAGGAAAAAAAAGAUGAAAACGAGGAAAAAAGGAACAAAAAAAUAUAUAAAAUGGAAAAAUGUAAAAUACUUGAAUGAGAUCUUGUAUUAUAACAUUUAAUAUUCAUAAUAUCUGCUUUGUAGGCUGACGUGAUUCGCUAUUAGUGUUAUUUGUAAUUUGUAGUAAUUAUGCUUUUCCUUUAAUAAAGAAAAAAAACCACAAAACGCACAAAAAAACCUCAAA